AUGCCCUUAAUUCGUAUCGAAGCACAAACGUUGAAAUGUUUGUAUUCGUGUGUUCCCAUGAUGCAGCAGCAGGGCGGCGGCAGUGACGGUGAUGGUGGCGGCGGUGGUGGUGGCGGUGGUGGUGGUGGUGGUGGGGCUCAUGGAGGAAAGAAGAAGAGGCGGGGUAGGAGGAGGGGAGAUGGGCAAUCAACAGCAGAGUGCGCUCCAGAUGCAGGGGUAGAGUGCGGUGCGGAGGGCGUGGUAGGGGUACAGCGCCGUGCGGAGGGCGUGGCAGGGGUGGGUGCAGCGAUAGCAGUGGAGGGUAGUGCAGAUGCAGCAAAGCAGGCUGCUGCUGAUGGAAGGGAUAUCGCAGGGACAGCGGCAGAGAGUGCUGCAGGAAUGGCAGUGGUGGGGACCGGUGUAGAGGCAGUGGUGUGGAGCAGUGCAGAGGCAGUGGUGUGGAGCGGUGCAGAGGCAGUGCGGGGUGGCACGGGGACAGCAGCACGGGUCGCUGCAGAGGCAGAAGUAAUGGCUUUUAGUGAAAACGUGGCAGAGGGUGGUGCUGAGCAGAUGGGGGAAGAGCAGAUGGGAGGAGAGCAGAUGGGAGGAGAGCAGAUGGGAGGAGAGCAGAUGGGAGGAGAGCAGAUGGGGGGAGAGAAGACGGGGGAAGAUCAGAUGUGGGGAGAGCAGGUGCAAGGGUUAGCAACAGGAGAGCAGGCGGAGGAAGGGCAGGCACGGGGGGUUUCAUUCGUGGUGGCGGAGGAGGGAGCAUGGCAGGCGGUGUGGGAGCCGCUCUCCCACGGCGUGUACUUCUGCAAUGCUGCACCCGCCCUCACCCAGUGGCGCCCGCCAGAUCAUGGCGAGGGGAGUGGGCUUGCGUGCUGGGUGGGAUCGAUGCCUGAACAGGCUGUAGCAGAGCAGGCUGCUGUGGCAGCGGGGUACAAGAAGUACUGGCAGCAGCGGUACGGCCUGUUCUCACGGUUUGAUGAGGGCGUCCUAUUGGAUGCUGACGCGUGGCCCCUUGUCACCCCUGAGGCCAUUGCCGCUCACCAUGCUGCCAUUUGUGCUGCUGCCAUGGAUUAUGAUGAUGCCACGUGUCGAGGGGGUGAUGCUGGCAUGCCAGCAGGAUGUGGUGGUUGUGGCACGUCAGUAGGAGGUGGUGGUGCUGGCACGUCGGCAGGAGAUAGAGGCGCCACUUGUGCAGAAGAUAGUGCUGCCACACAUGCUGCUGCCACGUGUGUUUCUGCCAUGCGUGCUGGCCACACUGCACUGUUAAGCUCUGAGGAAGAUGCACUAGAGCAGAGGGGAGUCCGAGUAACAGAGGGGGAGGAGAAGGGGAAGGCAGGAGGGGAGGGAGAGGUGAACAGGGAACGUGAUGCGAUGGGCAGACAGGAAGGAGAAGAGGAACCUAGAGAUGGUUCCCUGGGCGAAGGGAGGUGUGGGAGUGAAACACGCAUGGAGAGUUGUGAGCGCGCAGCAGGCACAAGGGGUGCAGCAGGGAUGGGGGGUGCAAAAGGCGUGGCGGGUGGGGCAGGCGUGGUGGUGGAUGCCUUCUGUGGGGUGGGUGGCAACACCAUCCACACUGCCAAGCCCUGCCCCCACGUGCUGGCCAUUGACAUGAGCCUGCCUCACCUGGCCAUGCUGCAACACAAUCUCAGCGUCUAUGGUGCCCAUCUGCCCCACCGAGUGGAUGCGCUCUGCGCCGACUUCCUUUCCCUUGCACCGCGGCUUAAGGUGCGGCAUGAGAGGAUCUCUGAGUGUCGUAGGGUUUGCAUUGCACUACAACCCCUCACAACACUCACCCUCUACGACCCCUGUCUGCCCCAACAAGUGAAUGCGCUCUGCGCAGACUUCCUCUCCGUUGCACCGCGGCUCAAGGUGAGGCAUGGGAAGACCAGUGAGGUGUCGUAUGGUGUGCACUAUAACCCCUCACAGCGCUUGGCCUCUACAGCCCCGACCCGGUCUGGCCCACCGAUCGAUGUGCUUUGUGCUGACUUCCUGUCCCUUGCACCGCGGCUUAAGGUGAGGCAUGAGAGGAUCUGUGAGGUGCCGUAUGGUUUGCACCACAACCCCUCACAACGCUCGCGCUCCACGGCCCUGACCCGGUCCGCCAUACUGAGUGGAUGCGCUUGUGCUGACGUCCUCUCCUGUGCACUGCGGCUCAAGGCUGAUGUGGUCUUCUUGUCCCCCCCAUGGGGCGGCCCCGAGUAUCUUGACCAAUCAGAGCUGCAGCCACUGGCGCUGAGCAUCACCCCCUCAGUGGCCAUGUAUCUGCCUCGCAACACUCCCAUCUGCCACCUGGAGCAUCUCGCUUGCUCCGUAACCCCUUCAGGUCCCUGCCUGGUGCGUCACUCGUCGUGA